UUGUGUUUAUAAUAGUCGGCGCGAGUCCCGUAGUGUGUCGUUCGACGCUGCGUUUUAACGUUCGCCACCGUUCCACUAACGAGUGUCGCCUCCGCGGUGCGAUAUAUAACAAUAUAAAUAUAAUAUCAUAAUAAUACCAAAUUGUUUUUGAUUUCUUUUUUACGGUCAAAUCAAAAACGACCAAGUGUCGAUCUAACAGACUUUUUACGGUUUUACACGUAUUUUUAUUUAUUUUUGUUAGAUUUGUUGUUUUUGGGAGGAUAUUACACUACUACUCCAUCAGUUCGAUUCGAGUGGCGCUCGAGGAAUAAAAACCAGCAAGUGUUAUUCCGCGUAAGACGCAUUCUUCACCACGCCUAGCGCGUUUUAGCCGUCGUAUCUUUCGCGUGUCACCCACACGCGGUUAUAUCGACCGGCUGCGGUGAUGUGCACGUUGUCGUUGCCGUCGUCGUUGUCGUCGUCGCUCGAUCUUUCCCCGACCCCGACAACGGCUGCGAUCGCCGUCGACGCGACAACCGCAACACGAUCGUCGUAAGACCGCGGCAGUGUAACGCAACCGUAGUCGUAUUAUUGUCAUUACAAUAAUUGUAUUAUAAAUCGCGCGCGACACCCGUGGUUACGACACACCGACACCUCGUCCAGACGCCAGCCGACGGACGGAUAUCCGGACAGGAGGACUGCAGCCGCCGUCGUCGAGAUAAACUGUGCAGAUUAUUGUAUAUACCUAGCGGAAUCGUCGCCACCGUCGUAUAUUACACCGACCGUUCGCAGACAUGGGUUGUUUCGGUAGCAAAGACAAGUUGUCCAAAGAGGACAUGGACUUCUUAAAAUCACAUACGAGAUACGACGAAGCGACCAUUAAAGAAUGGUAUAAAGGUUUCAAACAAGACUGUCCAAACGGCCGUUUAACACCAGCUAAAUUUGUGGACAUGUACAAAAUGUUCUUUCCAAGCGGUAAUGCCGAAGAAUUCUGCGAUCACGUGUUUCGGACAUUUGAUAUGGAUAAAAAUGGUUACAUAGACUUCAAAGAAUUUCUAUUAGCCAUAGAUGUCACAUCGUCCGGUACACCGGAAGAAAAACUGAAAUGGGCAUUCAGAAUGUAUGACGUAGACGGCAACGGAGUCAUCGAUAUUCAAGAGAUGACGAAAAUCGUCCAGGCCAUCUACGAUAUGUUGGGUGCAUGUUCAUCUAACCGUCCAGCUGACUCGGCAGAAGAUCGGGCUAAAAAUAUAUUCGCAAAGAUGGAUGAGAAUAACGACGGCCAGCUGACCCAGGACGAAUUCCUUAAAGGCUGUUUACAGGACGAAGAGCUAUCCAAGAUGCUCGCACCAUAACCACUGCCCCGGCUGGCGUGAAAGCCCUGCAAUAUAAUAUUAUAUUUCGCCGCAUUUUUUUGUAUAUCUUUUUCUCUCGCCCCGUAGGGUACGCCUUUAUCGGUGCCAAAAAAAAAAAAUAUUUCGAAAACAAGUCAACCCGUUUUUCUAAAAAAAAAAUUGAAUCAAAAAAAAAAAAAUAUCAAAAAAAAACGAAUUGUUUUCUUAUGGUUAUAUUUUCUCUAAUAGGGUAAUUUAUCUACGGUACAUAUGAUUUUAAUGCGCUAGUUGCCAGGUGGUACGCGUUUUAUAUCUCGUUGGGUGUCCGCCCCAUUUCUACUUGGGUCGAUUUGCAUAGUUUUGCGUAGUAUAAACACAUCGGCAAACCUCCGAAGCCUAUUUCCGAGUAACGAUUUUCCGAAUCUCAAGCUAGCUUCCACUUCACCUGGUGACUUAUUUGUGUAAAUAAUUAUCUGCACAUUCCCGUUUAUUAUUGUUUGUUUCUUUUUUAUUAUUAUUAUAAUUAGAGACUCAAUUGAACUCUGUUAACCUGCGAUGUUUUCAUUUUAAACAGGUUUCAAUCAGUGCAAAGUAAAGCUCAAAAAUGAAAAAAAAAUUACAAAACUCGAUUACGUUCACCGGAUUUGAAAACUCCGUAAAAAAAAAACCAUUUUCGGGCUCAUUUUUAUAGUUUUACUUCAAUAAUAAUAUUGCAAUUAAUGUAAUUGGCUAUAAGAAAACACAAAAAAAUAUAUGUAAUAAAAAGGAAAAACCGUUGCUUAUGAUGGGGUUUCCAAAUAACGUUGGGUUCAAAAAUCGUGUCAUCGAGUGGACCAUUCGUGUAUUAAAACUGUCGGGAACUUUAUGUUCAGAAAUCAAAAAUCCUGCAUAAAUAUAAUAAUUAUGCGACGAAAUCGUAUUUUAUUAUUAUUGAUUACCUUUGGCUAGUUCAUUAAGCCGCUUGUAAUUUUAAGAUACAUUCUCUUGGACCAAUAUAUUUAUAUUAUCUAAUCACAUUAAUUUAUUACUUAAUUUCUUAUCUAUUUUUUUCGUCGAUGGUGCACAUAUAUUGUUGGAUUCCAUUAGCAAUAAAUCGCAACCAAAGUGUCUGUUACCAAAUUAUGAUAAUAUACGUUUACUUUUUAUAUUUAUAAUUAUUAUUUAAUUAAACAUAUUAUUAUUAUUAC